CCGGAUGUUAACGGACGGACACGCCGCUCCUCUCAGUCCAACGACAUGCAGCAGAUUUCUGGAUGAUUCUCUGCGGCUCCACGAUGAGCUGACGUGGGGAGAAAACACGUUUAUCAAUUCCGUUUUAAUUAAGAUGAGAGCGAGCUGGCGUCCUGCAGCAGAGAGCACUGAUCUGAAGCUAAGCUAACGCUGGAUGGCCUGCCAGUCUGUCUGUGUGAUCAUGGACGAGCAGGCCCUGCUGGGGCUCAACCCCAACGCCGACGCCCCCUACAGACACAGGGCCAUGGCGUACUUUGAGCAGCUGAAGGAGUCUCAGGACGGGUGGGAGGUUUGUGCUGAGGCCCUGGCUAAAGGCAUCUAUCAUGACGACCACGUGAAGUUCUUCUGCUUCCAAGUGCUAGAGCAUCAGAUCCGGUUCAGACACGCCGGUCUGAGUGCGGUUCAGCAGCAGCUCAUCAGAGAGACGCUCAUGAAGUGGCUGCAGAAUCAGCUGAUGAACGCGGAGCCGGAGAAGCCCUUCAUCAGGAACAAGGCGGCUCAGGUGUUCGCCCUCACCUUCGUCAUGGAGUACCUGACGCUGUGGCCCAAGUUCUUCUUCGACAUCCUGACGCUGGUGGGCCUGAACCCCUGCGGCGUCGACGUCUACCUGCGGACCCUCAUGGCCAUCGACGGGGAGGUGGUGGACCGCGACAUCCUGCACCUGCCGGACGAUAUCCGCAGGAACACCCUGAUCAAGGACCAGAUGCGGGAGCAGUGCAUCCCCACGCUGGUGGAGUCCUGGUUCCAGAUCCUGCAGACGUACCAGCAGUCGCACCCCGAGAUCACCUGCCAGUGUCUGGAGGUGGUGGGGGCUUUCGUGUCCUGGAUCGACCUCAACCUCAUCGCCAACGACCGGUUUGUGAACCUGCUGCUGAGCCAGAUGUCUGUGGAGGAGCUGCGUGAGGAGGCCUGUGACUGCCUGUUUGAGAUCAUCAACAAAGGGAUGGACCCGGCGGAUAAAAUCAAGCUGGUGGAGUCUCUGUGUCAGGUGCUGCAGUCUGCGGGCUUCUUCAACGUGGAGCAGGAGGAGGACGUGGACUUCCUGGCAAAGUUUUCCCGGCUGGUGAAUGGGAUGGGUCAGAGUCUGGUGCUCAGCUGGAGUAAGCUCUCUAAGAGCGGGAACGUGAAGGAGGCGGCGGAGGCGCUGCAAGCUCUGGAGAGCAAGGUGCCGCUGCUGCUGCAGCUGCUGGUGCACGAGGACGACGACAUCUCCGCCAACAUCGUGGGCUUCUGCUACGAGUACCUGCACGUCCUCAAACAGCUCCCCCAGCUGACAGACCAGCAGAAAGCAAACCUGGAGGCCAUCCUACUGGCUGUGAUGAAGAAGCUGACGUACGACGACGAGUACAACUUUGAGAACGAGGGCGAGGAUGAGGCGAUGUUUGUGGAGUACAGGAAGCAGCUGAAGAUGCUGUUGGACCGUCUGGCUCAGGUCUCUCCAGAGCUGCUGCUGGAGGCCGUGCGCAGAGUCUUCAACAGCACCAUGCAGAGCUGGCAGACGGCCUCCUUCAUGGAGGUGGAGGUGGCGGUCCGGCUGCUCUACAUGCUGGGGGAGGCGCUGCCCGCCUCACAUGGAGCUCACUUCUGCGGAGACUCGACCAAGACCAGCGCCCUGCAGGACAUGAUGAGGACGCUGGUGUCGUGCGGGGUCAGCAGCUACCAGCACAGCUCCGUCUCUCUGGAGUUCUUCGAGACGGUCAGCAGAUACGACAAGUUCUUCCUGGUGGAGCCGCAGCACAUCCCCAUCGUCCUGAUGGCGUUUCUGGACCAGAGAGGCCUGAGGCACAGCAGCCCUAAAGUCCGCAGCCGAGUCGCCUACCUGUUCUCCAGGUUCAUCAAGACGCUGCAUAAACACAUGAACGUGUUCAUCGAGGACGUGCUGACGAGGAUCCAGGACCUGCUGGAGCUCGCUCCUCCUGAGAACGGGUUCCCGGCGCUGCUCACCAGCGACGACCAGCUGUUUAUGUUCGAGGCGGCGGGGGUGCUGAUCGUUCACGGGGAGAGUCCCGUGGAGAGGAAGACGGUGAUGAUGAGGAGCCUCCUGCAGCCGCUGAUGGACGCCUUCAACCUGCUGCUCAGCAAGCUGUCCCAGGAGAGCGAGCAGGAGACGCAGGCCGCCAUCGGAGACUGCCUCAGCCAUGCCGUGGGGUUCGCCAGCCGAACCAGCAAAGCGUUCAGCAACAAGCAGACGGUGAAGCAGUGCGGCUGCACCGAGGUGUACCGCUGCUGCCUGCAGACCUUCCUGCCGGCCCUCAGCGUGCCGCUGCAGAGGGGCCCGCUGCGCAGCGCCGUGCGCUCCUUCCUGCACCGCAUGAUCAUCUGCAUGGAGGAGGAGGUGCUGCCCUUCAUCCCCAGCGCCUCCGAGCAUAUGCUGAAGGACUGCGAGGCCAAAGACCUGCAGGAGUUCAUCCCGCUCAUCUCCCAGAUCACCGCCAAGUUCAAGAGGCAGGUCUCCCCCUUCCUGCAGCAGGUGUUCAUGCCCCUGGUUCUGGCCAUCUUCGAGGUGUUGGGUCGGCCAGCGGAGGAGAACGACCAGACAGCAGUGCUGGAGAAGCAGAUGCUGAGGAGGAGCUACUUCACCUUCAUCCAGACGGUGGCCGCCAGCGGCAUGAACGAGGUCAUGGCCAACCAGGGAGCGGAGAACAUUGAGCGCGUCGUGUUCACCAUCAUCCAGGGCGCCGUGGACUUCCCCGACCCGAUCGCCCAGAAGACCUGCUUCAUCAUCCUGUCCAAGCUGGUGGAGCUGUGGGGAGGGAAAGACGGCAUGGUGGGAUUCCCCGACUUCAUCUACAAACACAUCGUUCCCGCCUGCUUCCUGGCUCCGCUCAAACCCACCUUCGACCUCUCGGACGCUCAGACCGUGCUGACGCUGUCGGAGUGCGCGGUCACGCUGAAAACCAUUCAUCUCAAACGGGGUCCGGAGUUUAUCCAGUUCCUGCAGCAGGAGUAUCUGCCCUCCCUGCAGGUCGCUCCGGAGAUCUCACAGGAGCUCUGUCAGGUGCUUCAGCAGCCGGACGUCAAAGUCCUGAAGAACUACAUCAAGGCAUUCUUCCAGCGAGCGAAGCUGUAGGAAAUAAAAACUGGAAGUUCACUUUGGACUGAAAAGGACUCGUGACAGGAAGUGGUCGAACGUGCCGCUCACUACAAAAUAAAAGACCUUAGCAUAGGAGCUGCUUUUGCACUUAAAGUGGACGCGGCUCGCAGGACGGACGAACCCUCCGCAGACGAGCUGUCCACGACGACUACAAGUCACGAUAACGAGAGACGGUAACGAGGGACGAUGAUCAGACGUUAGAGAGGAAACGGACCUAUGGAAGCUACGAAGGACGCAGCAGCACGGAAAAGUUUUGGUAAAAAUAUCUGACAGAAGCUCCACUGUUCGUCCUCCUGUUAGAGAAACUGAGGCGACGUAUUGAAGAUGUUGUGAGGAAAAUAAAUACAAUGUGGAGCUGCCGGAGGGAGGGAAUAUUCUGAGGAGGUUAGAGACUGAAGGAGAUUUUUAGAAGGAAAAUGUGUUUCUUGAGAGUUUUAAAAUAGUGAUUCUCAUUAUACAAUCUGAGAUUUUGUGGAAUAAAAGAAGCAGUUUUAAAAGAAGAACACAUUUCAUUACCAGAAGAAAAAUGUACAAAUUGUCCCUUUCUUAAAUUAAAUGUUGAAUAAAAGAAACUCAAUAUUCUCUAUUCAGUAAGGAAAGAUCUCCCAUUUGAAAAGAAAUCUGAUUUACAUCAAAAGAAACUUGAAUAUUCUCCAAAAAUAACUUGGUAGUUAGUAAAGAAUAUUCUCAAAAACCUAAGGGUUCAAUUUACUGGGAGAAAAAUCAGGAAUGUAAGAAAAAAAUGUCAUUAAUUCUCGAUUUGUAUCUCAGAGAAUUUAACACAAUUUGGCAAAAUUGUGAUUUAUUUCCACAGAUAAACCUCAGAGGGUUUUCCAGUUUUUCUCAGAAUGUUAUUCCCCUCUUUGGCUCCAUAUUUGUAUUGAACCCACUAAGGCACUAAUUUGCCUCCAUAGCUGUUACGGUGAAUCUAAGACUUAGAAUACUUUAUUAAAUACUGAAACCUCGAAAGCUUUCUGCAGGCCCACCUCUCCUUAGGAAUCAAAUCUCAUCAUUUCACGGCGCUGCUGCCGCCGCAGAACGGACAGAAAAUAAAGGGCUGAAUUAUUUUAUUUUUAGGAAUGGAUUUUUAGGUUUGAAGUGAAAACGCUCGCUCUGCUUCGUCUCCGUGUUUAAAAAAAAGCCAAUAAAAUCUAAAACCACUCUCCAUGUUCCUGAUCAGACCCCCCCCCCCCCCCCCCACUGUAAAUAAGAGAAUAAGAUGUUAAAAAAUGUAAAUAAAGGUUUAGUUUUUCAGUUUGUUAACCUUCAAUUUCAUCUGGAUUCAAAUAUGGAAGAUGAUUCGUGCCAGAAAAUAAAAAAUGAUAAAACUGAGAAAUCAUAAAUAAUAUAGAAAUGAUGAGAAGUUAAAGCUCUGGACUUUAAUGAACUUCAGAGUUCCUUAUUUGUAAUUAAUACGAGUGAAAAGCUCCUCCUAUAAUAAGUAUUUGAUUUUAAUUCUAAUCCUUUUCAUAUUUAAGGAUCUUAUCAUUUUUACUAAAGUCUAAUUUAUUGGGACUAAAUUCAUAUUUUUGAUUAUUUCUUUUUCUACUAAAUAUCAUCAUUGGAUCAUCAUUUGGAAUUAAAGUGAAAGUUAAACUCACUUAUAAAUAAAUAUCAUUUGAAUUUUUGCCUAAAUAAAAGUCAUAAUUCUAAAAUGAUCUAAAAAUGCCAUUUAUGUUUUUAUCAUUUCUUACAUUUUAUCAUUUUUUAAAAUUCCUCUUGGCAAUAAAGAGCUUCCAUAGAGACCCAGAACCUCAUGACUGUACAGCUGAUAAUGUAAACAAACGUUCCCCAUGUACAGAAGAAGAAGAAGCAGCUCAAUUAGUUUUAUACUCGAAGGACAAAGUAAUUAUGCAACGCUUCACCGCGAUACUUCAAACUGAAGAGGAAGAAAAGUUAGAUCUUCUGCUUUACACUUUGGGAUGUUGCGACGCCUUGCUUUGCUGUUUCUUUGAUGGUCGCUGCAUUCCUGUUUUUUGUUUUAGCUUUAAAAGAAAUGGGUUUCGCCCAAAGUGAUGCAACAAACCUCCCGGAGAAAGUGCCUGAAGAUCGUAAUUUAGAGAAAAAUGAAGGAAAUCCAAGUUUGAAUAAAUAUUUUUGAUAGUUUUUCUUGAGAAAUGUUUAGAAUAUUAAACAUUUUCCUGAAAAUAAUUGUAAACAGAACAACAUCUGGAUAAAUACUGAAUAAUUGAACAUAGGGACGUCACUCGCGCUCCUAUUGGCUAGCGCUCUGUCACAGGUUAAGGGGCGGGACAUCUCUAAGUGGUCGACCGAUCGCAGCAGCAGUACGGCACAGGCAGUAUGCAGAAAAACCAAUUAAGCAGAAACUUGGAGGGGAUUUAUUUUGUCUUAUUUUUGCUUUUGCUGUAAAUCGUCUAGAACUGAAUUUUGUUAGCAGUUUUUCGGAGUUGAAGUUACGAAAACGUAGCGAGGUAAUAGGAUAAUGAACUACAGAUCUGGGGGGGGGGGGGAAGUAGACAAAUACUCACAUUUUAGUCGAGUUUCUCCUGGUAAUCUAACCCCCCCUCUCUCCUACCUUCAAUAACCCUCCUUGUCGAAGUGUUCACGGGUGUUUUGAGGACGUGUCGAAACUAAAACGGUUGUUGGAGCUACGAGUGAUUUCGGUCCCGGCUGGAGGGUUAUUAGGAAGCGUCGCCGGAACGAUGGAUUUGUUCGUUGACGGUGAAAUGUUGUUUUGUUUUGAUGAAGAGAAAAGAGAGCUUCUGUGAGAACCAAUAAAGUGUUAAAUGAUCAUCAAAUAA